AUGAAUAUCUCCCAAGCUCCGGUGGCACAAGCGGUCACGGUCAGUCUGAAAGAUCUGGAAAAUGGCACCGUCUCCUUCGACACGCUGAUCGAAGCUUUCGGUCCCUCCUCGCUGGGGAUUAUCGUGGUAAAAGACCUGCCUGAGAACUUUGUCCAGCUGCGCGCGCAGGUUCUCUCCAAUGCAUCAUAUCUGGCAGCUCUUCCCAAGUCAGAACUGGGUAGGUCAAAAAAAAGCGUCUCCUUUUCGAGGCCCUCCUCCCUCUCCUCCAGGAGCUCGUCUUGGUCCCAAUUUACUGAUCGCCCCGCUCCAGAACCUCUCGAAAGCCCCGAAUCUAAGUACCUAGUCGGUUGGUCCUGUGGCAAGGAAACUUUGAAAUCAGGAACCUUCGACACUCUGAAGGGCUCCUACUACGUCAACUGCGCCUUCUACCAGGACCCAGCCCUGCAGAGCGCUCCUGCGGAUGGCUUCCCCAACCUGCCCCAGUACACGGCGCCCAAUAUCUGGCCGCCAUCCACAAAGCUGCCGGCCUUUCGGUCCAGCGUGGAAAGCCUCUGCUCCUUGAUCAUCGACACCGCUGCCCUGGUGGCCAAGGCGUGUGAUCAGUACGCUGAGGCCAACAUCGAGGACUACAAGCCUGGCUACUUGGAGCACGUGGUGACAACCAGUCUGACCACGAAAGCCAGACUGCUGCACUAUUUCCCAGCGAAUGCGUCACUCAUGAGUACCGAAGCCUCAGAGGCCAACGUCGACGACGACGACUGGUGCGCCACCCACGUCGACCACGGCUGCUUGACCGGCCUCACCUCAGCCAUGUUCCUCGACGAAGCAGCCUCCCUCCCAAUCCCGGACCCAGACCCAACCGCAACCCUUCCAGAACUGACACAGUCCCCUGACCCCUCGGCUGGCCUGUAUAUCCGCUCGCGCACAGGCUCCAUCGUCAAGGUCAACAUCCCAAAGGACUGCCUCGCCUUCCAGACUGGCGAGGCGCUGGAACUCAUCACUCGCGGCAAGUUCCAGGCCGUGCCGCACUUCGUGAAAGGAGCCAAAUGCCCUGGUGGGAAGUCGCGCAUUGCGCGGAAUACGUUGGCGGUGUUCACGCAGCCGAAUCUGGCGGAAGAGGUUGAGCCUGGUUUGACUUUUGCCGAAUUUGCGAGACGCGUGGUACAGAAGAAUUACUAG